GUCUCUCGCGAGAUCAGGUGGCUCUGCUCCGGGCGGACACUGUGCAGAGUGGAGGUCGUUGGAGUCACUUGUCCACUGUUAGCUUGUUCGUCUGCAGAUCCGUGUCCCGCCCGCCCCAGCCAUGCUGUCUGCUCUCGCCCGGCCUGCCGGCGCCGCUCUCCGCCGCAGCUUCAGCACUUCGGCCCAGAACAAUGCUAAAGUAGCCGUGCUGGGAGCUUCUGGAGGCAUUGGGCAACCCCUUUCUCUGCUCCUGAAGAACAGCCCCCUAGUGAGUCGCCUGACCCUCUACGAUAUCGCUCACACGCCUGGUGUGGCAGCAGAUCUGAGUCACAUCGAGACCAGAGCAAACGUGAAAGGCUACCUUGGACCUGAUCAGCUACCAGACUGCCUGAAAGGUUGUGAUGUGGUGGUGAUCCCAGCCGGAGUGCCCAGGAAGCCAGGAAUGACGCGGGAUGACCUGUUCAACACCAAUGCUACCAUUGUGGCCACCUUGACUGCCGCCUGUGCCCAGCACUGCCCUGAAGCCAUGAUUUGCAUCAUUGCCAACCCGGUUAACUCCACCAUCCCCAUCACUGCAGAAGUUUUCAAGAAGCAUGGCGUGUACAACCCCAACAAGAUCUUCGGUGUGACAACCCUUGACAUUGUCAGAGCGAACACAUUCGUGGCGGAGCUGAAGGGUUUGGAUCCUGCUCGAGUCAACGUGCCUGUCAUUGGUGGCCAUGCUGGGAAGACCAUCAUCCCCUUGAUCUCUCAGUGUACCCCCAAAGUUGACUUUCCUCAAGACCAGCUGACUGCGCUCACCGGGAGGAUUCAGGAGGCUGGCACGGAAGUUGUGAAGGCCAAGGCUGGAGCAGGCUCUGCCACUCUGUCCAUGGCUUACGCUGGAGCCCGUUUUGUCUUCUCCCUUGUGGAUGCCAUGAACGGGAAGGAAGGUGUUGUUGAGUGUUCUUUUGUUCAGUCCAAAGAGACAGAGUGCACUUACUUCUCCACACCCUUGCUGUUGGGGAAAAAAGGCCUGGAGAAGAACCUGGGCAUUGGCAAAAUCACUCCUUUUGAGGAGAAAAUGAUUGCCGAGGCCAUCCCUGAGCUCAAAGCCUCCAUCAAGAAAGGCGAGGACUUUGUCAAGAACAUGAAGUGAGAGGUUCAAGUCCAAGCAGCCGUAUCACCCUAACUUAUUCAGCAUCAUGUCACUGAAGCCAGCAGGGUCUUCAGUUCAUUUGAUGGUGGGUGUUGUAAAGCAUCAGCAAUCCCUUCCCAAUGGCGGCUGGUCUGUUGAUAAUGACAAUAAAGCAGACUGAUUCUUUUU